GCCGUCUCAGUUAGGCUUAACAACACGUGGACCAACCCCAUUAGCUCUUUCCAUCACCGCCUCUCCUUUGCCGUAACCACCUGGGCUUCCUUCACUCCUAUAAAACUCGGUCCCCGGACUCUUCUUCUCACACAAUUGCACCCUUACAAAUUCUUCUUUCUUUUUUUUCUAAAGAAAAAACAUGCAGAUCUUCGUGAAAACCCUCACCGGCAAGACCAUCACUCUGGAGGUGGAGAGCAGCGACACCAUCGACAACGUCAAGGCCAAGAUUCAAGACAAGGAAGGCAUCCCACCGGAUCAACAGCGUCUAAUAUUCGCUGGAAAGCAGCUCGAAGAUGGCCGAACUUUGGCCGAUUACAAUAUUCAGAAGGAGAGCACCCUCCAUCUUGUCCUCCGUCUCCGAGGAGGUAUGCAGAUAUUCGUCAAGACCUUGACCGGGAAGACCAUUACUCUCGAGGUCGAGAGCAGCGACACCAUCGACAACGUUAAGGCAAAAAUUCAAGACAAGGAAGGAAUCCCACCAGACCAACAACGUUUGAUCUUCGCUGGGAAACAACUUGAGGAUGGUCGGACUCUAGCUGAUUAUAAUAUUCAGAAGGAGUCGACCCUUCAUCUUGUGCUCAGGCUCCGUGGAGGGAUGCAGAUUUUUGUGAAGACCCUAACCGGAAAGACUAUUACGCUGGAGGUGGAGAGCAGCGACACCAUCGACAACGUCAAGGCGAAGAUUCAGGACAAGGAGGGGAUCCCACCGGACCAGCAAAGGCUGAUCUUUGCUGGGAAGCAGUUGGAGGAUGGAAGGACUUUGGCUGAUUAUAAUAUCCAGAAAGAGUCUACUCUUCACCUUGUCUUACGCCUUCGCGGUGGCAUCUAAGGGUCUCUGGUUCUGCUCAAUGUUUUCUAUUAUGUCAUGUGUGAUUGGCCAUCUAAGGCCUUAAGAAUACUGUUUUUAAGUUUCCUAAUGAUUGAAUAAAAGUCUCAGCAAUUUCUGGUUCA